UUACAAACCAGCAAGAAUUUGCUACUCAAACUGAUACUUUGCCUAAAAACAGCUAUCAAAAAAUUCUUACUGAAUCAUUUUCGGGUAACAUUUCGGUAACUGAGCCUAAUCAAAUGAAUAAUACAAAUUCACAAGAAUGA